AUGACCGCCCACCAAAAUAAACAGGUCAUUGCGAAAAAGCUUGUGGAAAAUCUGCUAGGUGAUCUGAGAUCAUUGUCCGCAGAAACCAAAAGAAAGUAUCCACCAGUCAAAGAGGCAUCAGAAGCAGGGAUGUUAAGAUUACGCAGUAUUACAGCCAAAACGGAUAAUAUUAUUGCGGGUUUAGUCUCACAGAGCACUGAGGUUAUUCAACCAUUUAUUCUUGGAUGUGAUACAAAAAACCCUAAAAUCGUCCACAUUUGUCUAACUUCCAUGCAGCGUCUUGUGCAACAUGAAUCUAUAUCAAUGACGGCAGCUAAUAAUAUAAUUUCGAUGCUGUGGGUGCUUAUGGAGGCAGGGAUUGAAGAGUUGAAACUCCUUCAGACCGCAACCCUUCUUCUCACAACCAAUGCGGUGGUGCAACAUGAAUCAUUGGCAAAGGCGGUGGUUCUGUGCUUUCGGUUGCACUUCACCAAGGACAGCACAACCAAUAAUACUGCAGCUGCUGUUGUACGCAACUUAGUGAGCAUCGUCUUUGAAAGAGUUGUCACUGAAGAUGCAGUCCCUUCACAAGAGCCUCUACCUCCCAUGUCCGUGGAACAACUAAAAGCUGGAAGUCGCCAGCCUCCACAAUCCCUGAGACCAUGCGCUGGUGAUGCAUAUUUAUUAUUCCAGGAUUUCUGCCAGUUAGUGAAUGCAGACCAGCCAUAUUGGUUGGUUGGAAUGACUGAGAUGACACGGACAUUUGGCCUGGAGCUCAUGGAAUCUGUCCUCACAACUUUUCCUGCCGUCUUUCUAAAGCAUCCUGAGUUCAGUUUCCUACUGAAAGAGAAAGUGUGUCCAUUGGUGAUUAAAUUAUUCUCACCAAGUCUGAAGUAUCGUCAAGGCCUUCCUUCACUACCGUCCCCUGUGCCCGUAGAGAAACCAUAUUUCCCGAUCGUCAUGCGCCUGCUGCGGAUUGUUAAUGUCCUUAUACAUAACUACUAUAAGCUUCUGAGCACAGAGUGUGAGAUAUUCCUCUCUCUUCUGGUGAAGUUUUUGGAUGGUGAGAAACCGAUGUGGCAAAGAUGUCUGGCUCUAGAAGUCAUACAGAAAUUGGUCAUACAGCCACAUUUAGUCAGGUCUUUCUGUGAGAGCUAUGAUAUGAAGCAACACUCUACAAAAAUAUUUCGUGAUAUUGUCAAUGCAGUUGGUGCUCUGAUACAAUCCUUGUUUAUGAACCCACCGCAGUCCCCAAGUGGAUCUUCAGGUAACAAGACUCCGGAUAUCACUGGUCAGCCCCCUGCUAUAGUGGCAGGUAUGCCUGUGGGUGGAGGAGUCACCCCCCAGCCAGCAUUCCUUUAUAGGGGGGUCUGGAUUCCACUCAUAAUGAAUGUACCCAGGCAAACAUUCAAAGCAGUCUUCAUAGAACUGCUAGACAAGGUAGACCCUCCCAACAUACCUGAUGGCUAUGCAAUCACUGUAGCAUUUAGCGCUCUACUUGAGGUUGUCAGCAGUGUGCAGAAACUCAUUGAAAGUAGUUCUAAAGAAAAGCAAUUAGGUCAGGGCCUACAAGAAGAGUUGAUCAACUCAUCCUGGUGUGGAGUGUUAGCUGCACUCUCGCUCAUGUUAGAUGCAAGUACUGAUGAGAGCGCAACGGAAGUGAUACUGAAGUCUCAGCAAGCAUAUGCGAGUCUAUGUGGUACAUUAGAGAUGACAACACCACGUGAUGCGUUCAUUACAUCCCUCUGUAAAGCUUCCCUGCCCCCACAUUAUACCCUAACAGUGCUGAAUACACAUAGGGUAGACUCACCAGGACCAACUACCAAAGGUCAUACACGGUCCCCAAGCCAGGAUGUCCAACCACCAGUUAGCGCAGAAACCAUGCAUGGUAGUCAGGUGGUUGCUGUGGGAACUGCUUUACCUACAGCCUCUCUUCCUAUUGGUGCUCAAUCUGGGCCUGUCAUGUUGACAGCGAAGAAUAUUCAGUGUAUGCGUGCAAUAUUAAGUGUGACACAUUGUCACGGAGGAAUCCUUGGCUCUGCGUGGCAUCUAGUCCUCACAACACUACAGCACUUGACGUGGAUUCUGGGACUGAAGCCUUCAACAGGGGGCAGCUUGAAAGCAGGGGGGCAGCCCUCUGAUGGCUCUAAUGCUGUCAUAACAACUGCUGUCAUGGCCGAUCUACCAGUGCUGUCAUCUAUGUUGUCAAGAUUAUUUGAGAGUUCACAGUAUUUAGAUGACGUAGCACUCCAUCAUUUGAUAGAUGCUCUCUGCAAGUUAUCAACAGAGUGUAUGGAAAUGGCUUAUUCUAACAGGGAACCUUCAUUAUUUGCUGUUGCAAAGUUGCUUGAGACUGGACUGGUGAAUUUAUUUCGUGUCGAUGUUCUAUGGAAACCCGUGACAGCACAUUUAUUAGAGGUAUGUCAGCACCCACACCAAGCAAUGAGGGGUUGGGGUGUGGAAGCUAUUACAACACUCAUCAAAGCUGCUCUUGCUCAUCGCUAUGAACCACCAUUAGAGGAAAAUUUAAAACUUCAGUCUAUGCUGCUAGCACCAUUACAAGAGUUGUCUUCCCUCCCUCAUGCAGAUAUUCGCCAACAACAACUAGAAUGUGUGCUUGUUAUUCUUCACAACAAUGGGGACACUCUUGGGCAGGGUUGGCCUUUAAUCCUGGGGGUCAUAGGAGCUGUCACUAACAACCAGGGGGAAAAUCUAAUCAGGUCAGCUUUUCAAAGCCUCCAACUAGUUGUGACAGACUAUCUACCUGUGAUGCCCUGUACCUGUCUGCAGAUCUGUGUAGGGGUUGCAUCAAAAUUUGGACUCCAGAACCAAGAGCUUAACAUAAGCCUAACAUCAAUAGGCCUGCUGUGGAACAUAUCAGAUUUCUUUUACCAAAACCGUCAAAAAAUCACAGUCGAGUUAAACCAAAAGCUAACAGAUCAAGAGAAACAUAAACUUGGAAUGCCCCCAUUUGAUAACUUAUGGAUGUGCCUGUUCGCAAAGCUGGGAGAGUUGUGUGUUGACCCUAGACCUGCUGUGCGUAAAAGUGCUGGGCAGACUUUGUUCUCCACUAUAUCAGCACAUGGUAGAUUGCUGCAAAGAGCCACAUGGCAAACUGUAAUUUGGCAGGUUCUUUUCCCUCUACUAGACCAGGUGAAGAAGCUCUCUAGCAAGGCUCCUGAUACUAAAGACAGCUCCGAUACGGGUAACAUACUUAUACACCACUCUCGUGAUACUGCACAGAAACAAUGGGCCGAGACAAGGGUACUUAGUCUAGCAGGUGUGGCUAGAGUGUUCAACACAAAACGUAAAGUACUGCAAUUACUAGGAGACUUCCCCAGAGCCUGGGCUCUUUUAUUAGAGUUUAUUGAAAAUGCAGCACUAUCGCGAAAUGCUGAGAUCUCCCUUGCAGCUUUGAAAAGUUUCCAAGAAAUAUUACACAUUACUAAACAUUCAAAUGAUGGUGGAGAUUUUCCCGGGAUUCCCAAAAUGGCCGACAGUGAUGUGGAGCCUCCCAGUGAGGAAAUAAUGUCUAGGGAAGAUGAUGGUUUAUCUCCAUCUAGUGAGGAAAAUAUAGCUGAAAAGGAGGAAUCCAUAACUGAUGAUAUAACAGUCUGGUCAACCGCCUGGCGGGUUUGGUUAAGCAUAGGAACCCAAGCUACUGAGUGCCCAUCAGCUACUACCCCCAAAGAUCAAAUCUAUGUUCCUACUCAGGCAUUUCUUACAGCCUUAGUGCAAAUAUACCCUGCAUUAUAUGAACAUAUUAAGACAAGAUUCGUAGCUGCAGAUCUCCAGAAGUUGUCCACGGUCUUACAGAGGGCACUCUCAGCUCCAGUCGCUGGCGACGCGAGCCCUUUUAUCGUACCUGUGGGUGCUCCUGAGGUGUCCCUCACCCCCCUUCAGGACUCUGUACUCAGUGCAGUGAAGACUCUUCAUAGUGACUUAAUAAAAGGCACAGAGUCCUCAAAAACCAUGUAUCCUGAUCUCUUUGGGCAACUCUUGACAUUUAUUGAGUAUGCAGUGCGACCGCCCAAAUAUGGAAACAUUGAGACAAAAGCUGUGGGGUCUGUAAGAGGAAUGCAGAGUGAGUGGGUCUCCAUGAAUUUUGUCCCAUUUGCAGAACAAGUAGUGGGACUGGUGAUUGAAUUGUAUAAGGUGUCAGCCUCUAACCCUGCAGUGAUAGAGCAACAUGUUCUCUACAAUAUAGUCAAGUGCGCUAGUGUUAACAAAUACAUGGCAAAACAAUUAACAACUCUUAAGUGGCAUGACAAUAAUGAUGGUGUGGGGGUCAAGGGCAACUAG